CCUUUAAGACGCUUUGUGAAGUCGCAGAGAGCUGAUUAUUCUUACACCGUCACAUCUACAUGACUCGGGCUGAGCUUUUGGAUAAGAAAUCCUGGGGCUAUCCAUUCAAAUAACAUGCCAUUGUUUGGAUGAGAUUUUGAAAGCAUUUCUGACUCUGGCACUAUUGCAUCUCGUCGCGCGAGGACGACCGCUGGAGCUUGCGCGUCUCUGGAUGCAGCGCGUGUAAAUGGAUGCGGUUUGCAUUGCUGGAAUACCCUGCUGGCGUCGCGCCUCUAAUGGAGACAUAGAGAUGAGAUAGUCACUGUGUUUUGGAGGAAUUCUUCAUUUGUGCGUUUCAUUAUCAGUGGUACUGUGACGAUGCCGCGGAAUUUGCGGAAGCUGAUGCGUCUGGUCCUCUUCUACCCUUUAUCAAAGGGCUUACAGGCCCGUUUGCCUGCAGUAAAGGUCAAGUACCUGUUGGUGGCGUGGUUUGGGAUUCUGGUGGCCAGCUGGGUAAUCUACAUGCAGUACUCUUCUUAUUCAGAGCUCUGCAGAGGACACGUCUGUACCAUACUCAUUUGUGAUCAUUACCGCAGGGGCAUCAUCUCAGGGUCAGUGUGUAAGUCUCUCUGUGAAGAUAAAACUCUGUCACUUCAGCGCUGUCUUUCAACGUCACCUACACAACAGAUAUACAGUGCUGUAUGGAAGGAGAAAGCCGUACUGGUGAAGUGUGGGAUUGAGGAGAGUAUAAGAGGAGAGAACAGUCCUGACUCGCCACUGCGGCAUGACAGCAACCUCUACGAUAAACCCAACCGUGGAACAUCCAUGGAUGAAUUCAGAGCCAUGCUGCAUUCCUUCCUCAAGGACAGUAUCGGAGAUCAGUCAUCACUUGGUACCCUUGUCACUCGUGUAAUUUCUCUGGCGGAUGUCAACGGCGAUGGCAAAGUUUCAUUAGCGGAAGCCAAAUCCGUCUGGGCUUUGCUUCAGAUCAACGAAUUCGUUCUAAUGGUUGCACUGCACGAUAAAGAACAUGCUCCUCACUUGCUGGGUUUCUGCGGAGACCUUUACAUGACUGAACGUGUUGCACAUAGUGCCCUCUUCAGGCUGGAGGUGCCUGGCUGGCUGCAUCCGAUGUUUCCCGAGUCGCUGGACGUUGCGCUUAACCGAUGGCUCGCCCCCGCUUGGCCACGCCGGGCCCGAAUCACCAUUGGCCUGUUAGAGUUCAUCGAAGAAGUGUUCCAUGGCUUGUACGGAAGCUUCUACAUGUGUGACGCUAGCCCGCGACGGGUCGGCUACAAUGCUAAAUACGACUUUAAAAUGGCAGACCUCCAAAGCAUAGCAUCGGAGGCAACCGUCAAGGGGUUCUUACGAGGUAGAACUUGCGAGGCAAACGCAGACUGCACAUACGGACGGGAUUGUACUGCGACGUGUGACCGAUUAGCGAAGCAGUGCAAUGUGGAAGUGGUGCAGCCAAACUUGGCUAAGGUCUGUGCGCUACUGCAGGACUUCCUGCUGUUCGGAGCACCGUCAGAUCUGAGAGAGGACCUGGAGAAACAGCUACGCACCUGUGUGACGCUCAGCGGACUGGCCUCGCAAAUGGAAGUACAUCAUUCCCUUGUUCUCAACAACCUGAAAACACUACUGUGGAAGAAGAUCUCGAAUACCAAGUACUCUUGAGACAAAGAGAAGGAUGACCAAGAGAAAGGCAACUAAAGUGAAAAAGAGAGUGAACUGGAGACUCGAACGAAAGCAGAAACAAGAGAAAGAAAGAAACACUGGGUCAGCACAGAAGCUUCUGGAGGACCAGCAGUUUAGCUGAACUCUGGCAGCUGAAAUGUGAAAUUUGUCCACCGUCAAUCACUUUUGAGAGUGUUGACAAGAAGUUACAGUAUGGAAAACUAGACGGACAGACGCUACAUCCAUUCCUGCUUAACUUCACUUGAGUGACUUAACUGAAGACCCAUUAACUAAUGGAAAUACCUUCAGAAGGGUCUCCUUUUUCUUUUGGCUAAAGGUUCAAGGUGAAAUAAGGCUUGUACAGUUAUGUAAUCAGAUAGCUUGUAUUUACAUUUAUCUGACAAUGUGAUCCUUUCGCAAAUUAUACCUUGAGUUCUGAUUAGGGGUAGCCUAGUAGUUAAGGAUCUAUGCCCGAUUGCAUAAAGGACCUUAAGUUUUAUUUCCCUUUAAAAUCACCCUAAAAUUGUGUUGCAUAAAGGCCCUUAACUGCCAUUUUCCUUAGUAAACCUUAAGGUUAGGAAAACUUCACCUUAAAUGUAGGCAAAGGUUUCUAAAAAUAAAAGAAAUGGCUAAGUUUAUAGAACCAAAUGAACUGUAUAAUGCGGCAAGUAAAAUUUCUCAUACUAGGGAAAACCCUUUAGACCAUCUUAGUGAUACUUGCAAGAGUACAGAUUUAUCUGUCACAGCAAAUGGAAAAUAGCUAGCAAGCUGGAGGGCGAUAUAAUAGGAACACACACAUACCAGUAGUGUCUCUGCAUCUUUAUUAUCUAUACGAAUGGAUGCAUUAAAAUCAUAUCGCAAGUUCAUUUCCAAUAUAGGCCUAUCGCAAAUUUUUAUAUCCUACAGCCCCCUGACCACCACUAAUUCUUAAUUUGGGAUGGCAAUCAGUUCUCUGCACAGUUAUACAAGCAUCUUAACAUCUUGCACCUCUAAUCCACCCCCUACCUGGCACAGUUGUUAAAAUUCAAAGUUGUCUUCCUCAAGAGGGUGCUUACUGGCCAUAAAAGUAGAAUCCUCCAAUGUAAAAGUCAGGACGUUUUUUUGAAUUACACAAGAAAGGUUUGCACACAAUCAUUUUUUUUUUAAUCUAUUAAUUUUGAGAAUUGUGCCUCGGAUACAAAUGGAAAUCCUGUGUAACCUCCAGAAAAUGAGUUUGAAAAAAUAUUUAUGCAGUAAUCACAAACGACUGUGAUUGGUGCAUCCUGAAAUGCUGUUUAUCCUGAAAUAUCUAUGCUGUUUAUGCACUGCUUCAAAAGAGGCCGGACAAGAAUUUACACAUUAAUAAUGAUACAGAGACACUUUAAUAGUCAUUAAAAUGAAAAUAAAAACAGCAUAAAGUUAUGGUAUUUUCUAUGUGAUAAAAUAGCCCAAAUAUUGUUCGGGACAUUUCCGAUCCUCUGAGACAGGGGUCCUCAAACUUCUUGCUGCCGGUGUAACAGUAGCCAGAUGGCAGGUAGCUGUGUAGUGUGUAAACCUCACUCCCCUGGCCUCAAGAGGCGCACUAGCCUCCUCGUUAUCGCACCUGCCUCCCAUGCCGGAGACGUCGGUUCGAAUCCCGCUUGGAGUGGGUCGAGUAGGACCGGUAACAGUGAUGCUGUGACUCUGAUAGGAGUGAGGUUUAGGGAGGUGAGUGUAACGGUAGCCAGCUGGUAGGUAGCUGUGCAGCGUGUAAACCUCACUCCCCUGGCCUCAAGAAGCACACUAGCAACUGACGCUAGAGGCUAUAGCCUUUAGCCUCCUCGUUAGCAUGUCUGGCUCCUGUGCCGAAGACACCGGUUCGAAUCCCGCUCGGAGUGGGUCAAAUAGGACCAGUUACACCAGGGCCAGGUCACUCUGCUAUGUUUUCAUGGGGGGCCAGAGUGAGCCUGAGAGUUUACGCUUUGAACAAGGAAAAAGCAGAGUUAUUCAUGAUCGGGAAAAGUCUGAUUAUUUAUAAAAAUGUGUGCCUCAACAAUUCUACAAGACUUCAGCACUGCAGAGUGUUUAAGCAUCAUAAGCAUUUCCCUACAAAUGACAACAAAGAAUAUCUAUCAUAUUGUGAACUGCUGAGAUGAAACCUAUUACAGUAUGUAUUCUUUAACAGUCUGCACUUGAAUGCUAUUGGCUCACGUUAUAGUCAGUCUUACAGGCAUGAAAAGCCACCAAAGCAGUCUCGCGCUUCCAGUGUGGGCCGGUCAAAACGUGUGACAGACAUGGUUCCACGGGCCAGUCAAAACAUUUUGGAGGGCUUUAGUUUGGGGACCCCUGCUCUGAGAGUUCAUAGGGACUUGCCGUGUCCAUGGUAACAGUAGAAAUUGAAUAUGGUAAAACCUGGCUCACUGUAGUAAAUCCCUUAACGGUUUCCUUUAUUCAAGGGAAAUGUCCAAGGGAUUACAUGCAACACCCUCACUUUAUUCCCUUAGGUAAGGGGAAAUCACGCUUUAAGUGUUAUACUUAAAGGUGAAGUGUGUAAUUUCUGCGCUACUAGUGGCACCAAAUGGAAUUACAAAAAUAAAGUACGUUUUCAAACAACAUUUGCCAACACCCCUCAGACUUAUCACACAAUCUCUGAUUCCAUAUGAACAUAUAGGUGACACUAAAUAAAAGGUGAUAAACAUUUAAUGUAAUAAUAAACAAGACCACUAUAACAUAACACACCGGACAUAAAGCGUUGCAGAGGAAUCGGCUCAUCCGAUAACAUCACCAGAUUGAACGGCAGCUGGUGUGAGAGGGAUCUAGCACAAGAGGUUGGAUAGUUCUUGGUAACUAGUAAGCAGAAAGAUACAUAUUCAGAGUAUCUUACAAAUGUAUCUGUAGCUUGACAGUUAUGAACACAUUGUGUGGCAAUACCAGAGUGUAGCUUACAUGUCGAGAAGCAACAUGGCAAGAAUCAAACCCCAAAAAUUCCCUCAAAGUCCUCCAAAUUUUCACUCUGGUUUUACUCCGUUCUCUGUCUCUAUGUCUUUUAGUAAGUAUAAGUCUUCAAAUUUUGUGAAGCCAAGUUUCAUUUCCUCUGUAACUGGUCUGCCAUGGACAUUCAUCUUCUCCCGGUUGAACAGUUACUACAAGUAGCCAUGCCCCAAAGUCCCACUAUAAGUUUAGAUAGAACGGGAUGGGUGGAGCUGUGCGGGCUGCUCAAAAUAAAAACAUAAAUGUUUUGAUAAUGCCUGGGAGGCUCGAUGUUUACACUUUUGGGGGAGGGUAACACAGGAAUGGCUUACUUAUAGUUUUCAAUGAACAAUAAACUGGGAUAAUAGAAUGUGUUUUGACAAAAAAAAGGUUCAUACUUCACCUUUAAGGGAAAAAAUCAAGGUGUUUUAUGCAACCAGGCACUGGGCUGCAAACUCAGUGGUAGUAGGGUCAAUUCCAAGUAGAAGUAUCCCAGGGAAUGAUGAGUUUCUGAGAGCAAAGUCUUGCUCAACAACAAUUUCCCCACUUUUUCAGCUGUCUUGGUUCCGGAAAUAUUUUUUCCAAUAAUUCUUUGAAAUCCUCAUAGUGAUUUCAUAAAAUCCCUCAUAUAAGAGUUGUAAGCCAUGAACCAAACCAACCAGCAAACCAACCAACGAGGUGAAUCACUACAUUACAAAUCAUUACAAGGUGUUUGAAUGAAUUGGAUGAAAAAACUAAGAUACAAUAAUGUGCACUUAACUUCUGUAAUGAGGGAAUUGACUAAAUCCCAUGAAGCAUUGCGAAUGUCAAAUUGAAUUUAAAUCAAUAGUUUUAUAUUUUUCCAUCGUUUUAAAGUUGUUGAUUAUAAGUAUAAAAACUAUAUAUUUUAUUUUUAUUGCAAAAUGUUCAGAUAUUUGCAAAUAUCUGAGUAGUUUGAGAGUGCAGGAAGACCGAAUCGAUUGCGUCAUUCACAGUGCGUCAUGCAAAUGUGUGCUCGCUGCAGAGCGCUUUUGGCACGCUUUGCCUGAUUGGUGGAUCAUUCUCUUCAGGAUUAUGGGUAGUGUAUUUCUUUACCAGAAAUUCUGCUAUUAAACAUUGUUUCUUAAAAAAGGACUGAUGGCUUCAACAGAAGAAUAUCCCAUUGAUUAACAACUUCGGACCACAUGGUUGGUAUGUUAUUAACGGUUUAAAACUUAUCGUUAAAAAUUAACUCGCCAAUGGAAGAAAUGAAUGGAAUUUUUACUUCCGGAACCAGAGUGUUGCGCUCUUUACCCUUAGGCAACAGUGAGACUGUUCAUUGAACACUACAGUGAGUUGCCUCUCAUAGGACAAACUACAUCCACACAUUUUGAUUUAUAGUACUGGCAUCUUGGCCAUGUUAGGAAGCUUCAUUUUAAGUGAGGAAAUGUCAGGACUCAGUUAAGACUUAAAGGAGAGUUCACCCAAAAAUGAAAAUCCUGUUAUUAUUAAUUCACCCUCAUGUUAUUUCUAAUUAUAAUGCAUAUUACUUACUUUCGGAUACACAUGAGGGUGAGGAAAUGAUUGAAAAUUUUUCAUUUUUAUUUGAACUACCCCUGUAAACAAUGAAUACAUGAAUAUGAAUGAGUAAACAGAGAAAAUGUUAUAUAUUAUGUCUUUACAGAGUGUAUGUUGUGUUUGUGUGUGCACUUAUAUGAGGAUGUUUUCUCUAAUUUUGUAGCAUCGUUAGAAAAAAAAAUAUUUUGUGAAUUAAUGAGGCGAUACUCACAUCUGCUCUGAUGUUUGUUAUUGCUUGAACUGUGAGGUUAUUUUUGGUACGAGUGUGUUUCUCAGGGUUGUGUAUGUCUGAAUGGGUUUGGAAUGUGUUACUGUGAACAUUAAACAUAGCUGAAACAGAAUUACAGCAUUGCAUUCAACAAUGCUGUAAUUUUGUUUGAGGUAUUACAGCCCAGUAACUGUGUGUAUGUAGGUGUAUAAACACGUUUGCACAUCGUCAUGAAAGUGUGUGUGCAUUACUGUAAACACACCUUGACUGAUGUCACAUAGAGUAAGCACUAUUACAAGCAUCUCUUACUAGUGAAACUUCAAACACAUUACCUGCCCUAACAAAAAAUCUAAUCUCAUCAGUAUUAAACGACAUGCAUAUUCCACAGAGAACCAUGACUAGGCUUUAGUACAAUUUCACACUCUUAUAAAUGAAGUGACUUUAUGUGUUGUUAGGACAUGAUUAUUAAUUUAUUCUGUUUUAAGCAGAGCAACCUUAUUAGCGUUUGGCCUUGUUCAAGCCCUUAAAUACUCAUUUAUUUUAUCUCCAUCAAACGGGUGUCUUCAUUUUAUCCAACUAUCACUCAUUAUUAGUAAAUGUUUAAGACUCAAAUUGUGUGUAUGUGUGUUUUAUUCUUAUUAUGUGUGUAAGAUAGAGACUGUUAAUUAUAGAGAGAUGGGGUAGUAAUUUGGUGAAGCACAGAGGCACAAAGACACUUUGUGGAAGGGUAUUUUUAAAGGACAAACAGAUCUGCACGUAUCCUUUUACCAUCCUUUAAAAAGAACAAGGAAUCAGCAUAUAUUAGUUCAAGGAGGCAUCACAAAUUCACCUCAAGUUACUAACAGGAGUAAAACCUGUAAACUUACAUGCUGGGAUGAAACAGAAAUAAACUGGAAACUAAACUCUACAUUAUUAUUAUUAUACAUUAUUUACAAUAAUAAAUAUUUUUUGUAUUAAUAGAAAGCAAUCUUCACUUCAGAAGUAUUGGACAGGACACUGAAUUAUAGCUUACUUUAUAGAGCAGUUAUUGUUGAAUAGACGUAAGGGAUAAUGUACACUCACCAGUCACUUUAUUAGGAACACUAUGGUCCUAAUAACGUGCCCAACGGGGUCUUCUGCUGUUGUAGUCCAUCCGCCUCAAGGUCCAAUGUGUUGUGUAUUCUGAGAUGCUAUUCUGCUCAGUACAAUUGUACAGAGCGGUUAUCUGACUUACCGUAGCCUUUCUGUCAGCUUGAACCAGUCUGGUCAAUCUCCCUUGACCUCUCUCAUCAACCAGGCAUUUCCGUCCACAGAACCGCCGCUCACUGGAUGUUUUUUGUUUUUGUCACCAUUCAGAGAAAACUCUAGAGCCAGCCAAUAUGGCACCAAAAAUCAUGCCACGGUCAAAAUCACUGAGAUCGCAUUAUUUUCUCCAUUCUGAUGGUUGAUGUGAACAUUAACUGAAGCGUCUGACCCGUAUCUGCAUGAUUUUAUGCACUGCAUUGCUGCCACGUGAUUGGCUGAUUAGAUAAUCGCAUGAAUAAGUAGGUGUACAGGUCUACCUAAGAAAGUGCUCAGUGAGUGUACAUUCAGCCUGUCAUUAUCGCAUAAUGUUGCAGUGCAAUGCAAAACGCAGUGAUUAACCAAGCAAUCAGGUGUCUGAUUGAAGUAUUACAGUCAGCUGACCAUG